CAAGCUAGUGAAUUAAUAUAUAUGAAUAUAACAGCUAGUCUUGAUAUUCUUAACAUGCUAUUAACUAUCAUUUCAACUAGUACACUAGUUGGAGAAUUAUCUUUAGCUAUAAUACUUAUAUUAGAUGAAAUAACUCAAACCUUUACAAAAGCUUUGGGUGUAUUAAAAAAUAUGUUGCUAUUAGGUGCAUUUGGUGGGUAUAGGUCUACAACUGGGCUACAAGUUAUUAUAACUGAUGAUUGUAAUACAGAGAGAAAUACAUUACAUUGUACUUAG